AUGUCAGAGGAAGAGAGCGACGACUUUGGGCCGGCGCCGGUGCCGGCGGACGCGGCGGCGCCGCAGCCGGUGCAGGACAAUCGCCGAUGCGACGGCGCCAACGGCGCGGCCGGGCCGGGCAGCGAGGCGGCGGCGGGCGGGGCGGCAGUCGGGUCGCCGGACGCGGCACAGGCGGCGCAGCGGCGGCGUGAGUUUCUGAUGGACAUGCGCGGACGGUUUCUGUGCGGGGAAGACAAAGAUUACGUGGAUUACUCAGAGAUCGACGCCGACGCGUCGCUCGACGACGAGGAGCACGUCAGGCGCCAGCAGGACCAGGACGCUGAGGACGCGUACUUCGAUGACGUCAUGGAGGGCGUGGACUAG